AACACUGCUUUUAUUGUGCAUGUAUUUGAAUAAGCAAUAAACGAAAAUUAACUGCAGGGUUUAGAAAUGUACAGGAACUUUGUGGAACCCAGGCAUAUAAGAAUGAGACAUUUGUUUCUAUUUUACUUGUACAAGAUAUAGGGACCAUGGAGAUUGCACACAUUAGAUGGUUGACGACAUUUGUGUUCAUUCUAUACCUUAUUUUACCUUUCCAAAGCAUGGCAGAAAAGCAGUACACAUAUGUCCAAGUGAACAAAACAUGGGAGGAAACGAUCAAGUUCUGUCAACUGCAUGAUGCGAAGCUGUCUGACUUUGGUGAAGAUGAUAUAAGUUCUAUACAAACCUGUAAACAAAACAUACAAGAAGUAUGGACUAGUUACUACAUAGAAGCGACACCUUACUUGUCGCUGAUUGGUUGCUUCAGAAUCAAACACAGCUUGGCAUUUUCGAGUUUGCAGAGGACAUCGGUGUUGGAUUGCCAAUAUUCGUGUUCCAAUUCAACUGAAUUUGCUAUUAAGGUCUGUCGCAGCUGGGAUUCGAACCCUGAUCUUCCGCAUGCGGGGAGAACGCUUUGCCUCUAAACCACCGCAGCGGUCCGCUACUUUGAAACCAGAAGGGAUAUCAGGGGUGGAUCCAGAAACUGCGGGUAGUGAGUGUGCUUGUCUGGAUGAUACGGCCAGCAUAGAGGAAUCGGUCGAUGCCAGUUUGUGUGAUGUCACGUGCGAAGAUACCUUAGAACUGCGGAGGGAAAAACGUCAGCAAUGUGUAUUCUGUCGUCGGGAAAGAAUUUUUCACAAACAGAAAAAUCACGAAGAGCAAGGACUUCACCUCUUGUAUGUCCUAUCAGUGUAGCAAUCACACAUACCAGUACAACGAGAUGAAUUGUGGUAAUGAAAGAGUUACCCAAGCAUCCUGCAGUAGUUUUUUCUCCUGCACCUUUGAGCCUGGAGAUCCGUGUUUUCUGAUUCAAGCUGAGAACAACGAUUUCAAUUGGACAAUAACAAAAGAGAAAACGCCCAAUGGUCCAGACUCCGCCUAUGAGGGAUUGUACUUCGCAUUUGUUAAUGACAGCGAUAGCGGGCUCAAGCUAGGAAAUACAGCAUCGCUUGUUUCAAAUAUUGAUUUCUUUGAUAUUGAAGACAGCACUUAGUGUUUACGGUUUCGAUUCUCUCACCGAAACAUCAGCACUGGCGCAAAUAUGAAAAUUUACACCAUGAACACGAGGGACAGGUCUGUUUUGAUGUACAACCGGACUUUCUCUGGUGAAGAAUAUGUAGAGUGGAAGUAUGACGAGAUUGAUAUCAAACUCCGCAGAAACGACAGAAUUUUCUUUCAAUUUACCCGAGGUACUACAGUGUCGAACUUCGCGCUAGAUGACGUAUCUCUAACAAAAGGAACAUGUGAGACGACAUCCACACAGGAUCUCUACAUGAAAGGGGAAGUAAAAUGUGGUUUUGAAGGAAACCAGGAUGUAUGUUUUGAUCAGGACAAGAGCGACAACUUUGACUGGGAAAUCACCAGAAAUGGAAGAACACCAAGAUACCCAAGCACAGGACCAGAGAAUAACAUCGAGGGGAAUUACUUCACUUUUAUUGACGUCAUAGACAGACAAAAAGGACAUAGAGCCGUCCUGAUUUCAAAGUUUGAGUUAAACAAUGUCAACAUAACAUUCAGUAUGUACUACAAUAUGAAUGGUAGACACGUGAAUACGCUGAGAGUUUACCUGAAGAAAACGAAAACUGCUGAAAAAACAGAGAUUAUCAAGGAAUCUGGAAAUCAAGGAAGAUCUUGGAUGUUUUUUAAUCGUACUGUAGUUCUAGACGGAAAAACAAGGCUUUAUAUAUCGGCCACCGUUGGAAAUGGAUCUUUUGGAAAUAUUGCCAUAGAUGAUAUCAGAAUCAAAAUAAAUCGACCAGAACUGAAAUAUAACUGGAUGGAUUUGAAUAAGAGAUGUCAGGACAUGCUGGGUGGCUAUCCCGUAAAUCAUAAACAAUUAGCAAAUAUGCAUUGCCUUUCUCCGGGCCCAGAAAGGUGGACAAGUAUUAUACGGCCCCAGAGGAGAAGCACGGCAACAGAGGUUGUCCAACACUAUCCAACUGUCGUAAAGCUGUUCCAGGGUCGAGUAGACCCGUAUAGUUUUGUCUGGGACACGUUUAACACUUCGGUAUCUAGGCCUUUUGUUUGUGAAAAGGAUUCAUCGAAUACCUCUUGUUCGCUGUUUUCGGAGGAUUCAACGACCCUCGUUAGUGUUGAGGCUGGCACAAGUACCGAAAUGUCUAAUGCUGUAACGGUUUGGGUGGUACCUGCCUGUGUGCUAAUGCUGGGUGUAGUUAUCGCUUUGUUGGUGAUAUCUUAUAGAAGGAAAGGGAUAAGAUGUAGAAAGCAUGACGACUUAUCCGGUGCAGAAGUAACAUAUCCGAAUGUUACGCCCUCAACACAAAUCGUUUCCACAGAAAAGAAACCGAAGACUGUAUCCAUACCAGAAUACACUGAUCCUUCCUCAGGUGCCAUCUUGGCACCGGCAUGUUACGACGAUGUCAUAACGGAAAAGAUGGAACCGGCAUGUUACGACGAUGUCAUAACGGAAAAGAUGGAACCGGCAUGUUACGACGAUGUCAUAACGGAAAAGAUGGCACCGGCAUGUUACGACGAUGUCAUAACGGAAAAGAUGGCACCGGCAUGUUACGACGAUGUCAUAACGGAAAAGAUGGAACCGGCAUGUUACGACGAUGUCAUAACGGAAAAGAUGGAACCGGCAUGUUACGACGAUGUCAUAACGGAAAAGAUGGCACCGGCAUGUUACGACGAUGUCAUAACGGAAAAGAUGGAACCGGCAUGUUACGAAGGUCUCAUAAUGAAAAAGAUGGAACCGGCAUGUUACGAAGGUCUCAUAACGAAAAAGUGAUGGAUAGUAUUUUGAACUAUCAACACCUUAUUUAUGUUUUACACAGAGUAUGCCCUUUUGUUGUCGAAUUUUGUCAUUGACCCAUUUGUUCUGCUAUAUAACAAUCACUUUUAUGUACGUAAUGUCCAAUCAUUGGCCUACUCCUGUAAAAAAAAUUCAUUUGUCCUGGGGAAGGGACAGGUCGUCCCGAAUAAAACAAGGUACGUGAUUGGCCGAAAUGUGCCGCGUUUCUAAACUCCAUAAGACUUGACCAGGUUAAAAGCCAAGUAUCUGCACAAUUCAAUUGUAUAUAAUUUAUCUAUCAUGUAUAUUUGAUGUAAGAAAUAAAAAUUCUUUGCUGAAAA